CCGAGCAGCUGACAGCAACAUGGCGGCGGCGGCGGCGGCCGGGCGGCGUGGUGGGGGGCUGGGGCGGCCCCCGGCGCCGUGCCCCGUGCCCGUGGGGGAUCUGCCGCCCGCCGGCGAGCUGGUGCGGCCCUCGGUGAUGGAGCUGUCCCAAGUGAGGACCAACAUCCUCUGCACCGUGCCCGGCUGCGGCAAGGUCCUGCCCAACAGCCCGGCCCUCAACAUGCACCUCAGCAAGGCCCACCCGGUGCAGGAUGGAAAGCUUAAUGCACCAGUAAGGAAGGGUUUGAAAACUUCACAGAAAUUCUACUGCUGCCCUAUAGAAGGCUGCCCUAGAGGACCAAACAGACCAUUUUCCCAGUUUUCUCUUGUAAAACAGCACUUUAUGAAAAUGCAUGCUGAAAAGAAGCACAAAUGUGAUAAAUGUAGUAACUCCUAUGGUACGGAAUGGUAUUUGAAGCGGCAUAUAGAGGUCUGUGGCAAGACUUUCCAGUGUACUUGUGGGUGCCCUUAUGCCAGCAGAACAGCAUUACUGUCUCAUAUUUACAGAACUGGCCAUGAAAUUCCUGCAGAACACAGGGAUCCUCCUAGUAAGAAAAGGAAAAUGGAAAGCUCUGUACAUAAUCGGCAGUUGACAGAGAAAGCAAACAAAGCAUUCAUUAAUGCACACAAUAAUAAUCCUGGCACUCGGGAACUGGAGUCCUCUGAAGUGAAACUGGUGGCCUCUCUUGAAGGCUCCUGUAGCUCUAACUUCACGAACCAAGUGCAGCCAAAAUGUACACCGAAGAUGCUUUUACCAAAGCCCAAAGUGGCUUUGGUUAAGCUUCCAGUGAUGCAGCUUGCUCACUUGCCUGUAUAUGUAUCUGCAACAGACUCUUCUGUCAAACCUGCUGUGGUGGCUGUUGAUAAUCAAGGUUCAGUUGUAAGUACUGUUCAUUUAUUGCCUCAAUCCAUAGGAAUUCUGGUUCCAGCACUGGAGGCAGAAACACUUGUGUUUAAAGACAGUAUGCCUGUUUCAAAAGUGACAAAUUCCAGCGAUCGCGAACCAGUAAGUACUGGCGUACAAGUUGAGUGGGAUAAGGUUACAUCUAAUAACACAGGGCAAGAACUGGGGAAUGUUUGUCACAAGAAUAAAAUUUCUUCAAUAAAUAUACAGACUGACUUAUCUUGCAUCUCACAGAACUUUGUACCCGCUGCAACCUGGACUGCCAAUUCUUCUGUAUCCUCUUGCUCUCAGACAGAUCUGUCAUUCAGUUCACAGGUUUCGUUACCUGUCAGUGUACAAACACAGACGCUGCUGCCUGCUUCCAAACUGACUUCAUCCAUAGCUGCUCAGACUGAUGCUUUCAGUCAGGUUUGUUAUCCAACGUGUGGCAUUUCUAGAGAGACUCAAACCAGUCGGACACAGGACUCUGUUGAUGGAAGAGUGCAAAUGGACCAGGCUGUAAUGUGCAGUGACAUCUUUGAUGAUGUUAAUUCAUCAUAUAAUGUUUCUACUCACAUUGAACUUCCAGAAAACAAUUUAAUGCCUGCAAAUAUAGAUCAAACCUUGCUGCAAAGGAGUAAUUGCAAGAGCCUGAAUCAAGAUAUGGUGAAGUCUGAAUCUCUUAUCAGCUUCAAUACACAGACUAAUAUACUUCCACCUCAAAAUACGAUGGAUAAUCAAACCCAGACAAUGGACCUACUAAGUGAUCUGGAAAACAUAUUUUCGGGAAACAUGUCUGGCCAGACGCUGGAUAAUCGUGGCCUUUUGUCUGAGACAAGUUCUAAUGCUGACACGCAUCUGCCAUCUGGUCCAUCACAGAACACAGGAAUAGACUUUGACAUUGAAGAGUUCUUUUCAGCAUCCAAUAUCCAAACUCAGACUGAAGAGAGUGAGCUUGGUACCCUGAAUUCUGAGCCGGUUUUGGAGUCACUGGACAUUGAAACUCAGACUGAUUUCUUAUUUUCAGAUAGUGCCACUCAAUCAUACAGCUGCCGAGGAAAUUCUAACUUCUUAGGUUUGGAGAUGUUUGAUACACAGACACAGACAGACUUGAAUUUCUUUUUGGACAGUAACACCCAUCUGCCUUUAGGAAGUAUUUUGAAGCAGUCAAGUUUCUCCAUGAGUACUGACUCAUCUGAUACAGAAACCCAGACAGAAGUAUAUCCGGCCACUAAAAACAUACCUACUCAGAAUAUUGAAAGCAAAGUCCAGCUCAGUAGUGCUGAAACACAGACUAUGGAUAGCUGCUUUGAGAAUCUAGGGAGUUUAUUCCUUACCAGCAAUGAGACCCAGACAGCAAUGGAUGACUUUCUUCUGGCUGACUUAGCCUGGAAUACAAUGGAGUCCCAGUUCAGUUCAGUAGAAACACAGACCUGUGAAGAGCUGUGCUCCUUAUUUCAGAGCUCUGACAAGCCCAGCCAUUGAGUACUAUGUAAUAUUACUGUUUCCUGUGGUGUGAAAUUAAGUUAUUGGGGUGGGAGAGAUGGCUUGGCCAAGUUAUCCACUUUGCAUUAUUGAAUGUAGUUAUCGUGAGCAGUUGGCCUGAGAGACUUCCUUUGCUGAAGGUACUCUAUUGAAUACGUAACUGUACAUAAACUGUGUGUGUAUAAAUGGGGGGAAGGGGGGGGGCUGUAACAUGUUAAUGUAUAUUUGAACCUUAAAAAAAAAAUUAUGUGGUGCCUAAGUUUUUUCCUCAAACUUCUUUACAAAGCUGAUACUGCUUUCACUUAAACAGAAGAACUUUUAAAGUUGUUCCAUAUAUAUCUUUAUCUGUUCCUGGCUUACAUUUAGGGUUCCAAUGUGCUGGACCAAAACCCUGACCUGUCCGAUUCAGAUGCUUCCCUGAACUUAUACAGGGAAGGAUUCUGUUAGUGUAAGCUACUUCUGUUUACUUUUUUUCGUGGCUUGUAUUUUAAAUCUGGCAUGAACAAAAUAAGCCGUAUUGUCUUCUCUUACUUUAUGCCUUCACAGCUCUUUCUCUUGCAUAAGUUGGUAUUUUCUAAAUACCUGUCCAACACGAGACAACCAUAGACUCUUGAGUUGUUGAAUAUAUUUAUUAUUAAAAAUAUGUAGAAAGCAGUACUUGUUUUACUUUUUUUCUCUCAGUGGCACUUACGACCUUUGAAGGGUAGGAAAAGAACUUGGAAUGCAUAAUUAUAGGGAAAACUAGUGUGUCUUCCUUUUAGCUAGUGUAAUAAAUGGGACUAACAUUUUUAGAGUCUUCAGGAGGAAUUUGCUUAAAUUAUUUCUGUCUGUAAGAUGCAAAUGUUACAAUGUGUGUGCCUCAAAGACUGGAAUAAUUUGUUUUUGCUGAAAUUCUCCUAGCUUUAUUAAGAUCUGAGUUGAGAAAUGUUUCAGUGAUUUAUACCUCUAUUACCUUAACAGAAAUCGUUAGAAACGGGAAAUGAAAUUCUCUAAAAUACUUACUUAGACUCCUGUUUUUGGACUUCUCACUUCCAAAAACAAUUGGAAUGUGUACAACAGUUGGGAGAUCAGCUCACAGAAGCCAUUUCAGAACAGCUGUAUCUUGCUUUUGCACAUUGAUCUGCAGCCCUCCGUUCCUGCAGCUUUUACAGAGCUUUUCUGAGUAUAAUCAAAUUCAAACAAACUGAUUUCUCAGAGAAGAAACAUGUGACCUCUUUGUAUUUUUUUUUAAUGUCCAUCUUGCCCCUCAUACCAUUGUUUGCAGUAUUUUUCAUUUGCAUGAGGAAAAAAAGAAAAGCCGUUUGUGAAUGUGUGUUGGAAUUUGGCCUUAACCAAGUUUAUCUCUUACUAUAAUACCUGCAAAACGUAGGCCUCUGGUUUUGUCACAGGCAGGUUUUAAUUUCUGUUACCUUAAAUGAAACGAGAAACCUCUUCAUGUCAAGUUCCUGGGCCUGUUACAGACUUUAGACUUUACUCCUCCACUGUGAGAGGAGAGGUAUUGGCUGCGUAUUUACUAGGCAUCCCAUCAGUAAAUACAUGUCCAAGCCUUAGUUUCUGAAGACUUGCUGUGCUUUGUGCUUCAUAUCCUCCACUCAAGGACGUGGGCGUUAGGUUACUCAUCCAUUGCAGCUAGCUUGUUUUGUUGAAAAUGAGCAAUACCCUUUUUUUUUUUUUGGUCUCCUCCUACCACUCUUUAAAUUGCUACAGUUAACACACUAAUAUAGUAAGGAUCUCUACUUUUAUGGGAAUAAUCUCUUUAGAUUAACCCCAAAACUCCUGUUUUCCUCCUGAAACCACAGCUGUGUUGCCUGUUUAAUUUUUCAACAUUUCUAGGUGUGAGUUCAGACAUUUACAGUCUUUGGCUGAAGAAACUGCGGAAAUAUUCUUGCAGUUCUCCCCAGGAGUACAGUAAUUCUGCUUUGGGGAGUCCCCCCCAAGUUUCACAAUGCCUAGAGUUCUGAUCUGAAAGGUGGGAUAUAUUAAAAAAAGGAAGGCAUAAUUUGUAAUUCUGUUUCUGAAGAUAUGACUGGUCCAUAUUUACCUGCCUACUUUGAAAUUGGGAAAUAAGAUAAAUGGCAAAAUUAGGUCAAUUUCUUCUAUUGCAGUAUUUUUCUAGUACUGUUGCAUCUUCAGCUUUUAAAGUGUUUUUCCUUUUCCUUUCUUCCUCCGUCUGGAAUAGCAGAGAACUUUUCUUCAUGCAGAGGCUUCUGUGUUUCCCAUGUGCCAUUUGUCUGUACUGAUGCAUGAAAGAGAAGCAGUUACUAGAAAUGUGGUUGGGGAAAACUGCAUUUUCCAUGGCUGUAGAAGGCAGAAGUGAGAAGCUGUUCAUUACCUCGGAAUUUAGAAAGUUGGCCUUUUCUUUGCAAGAGAAGGAAUCUUAGGUGAUGAGGAGCAGAAUUACAGAGGGCUUCGAAUUGUAGCUGUCUGAGAGACUAGCUAGCAUUUAAAGAGCUUUGAAACUAAUUUACAAGUUAGAAUGAGAAUUGCCACAUUCUCAUGGUGUAAGCCAAAGCUCUUAACAUCAGUGACUAUGAGAAAAACCCUAAGGUUUGUGUGGACACAAUCUUACAAUGUAAUUGUUACUCAUUUAUUGUACUUUGUAAUUAAAAGUAUUUAUGAGCUUUGUGUGUUUUAUUAGAACAUGCAAAUAGCAUUCCCUUCCCUCAUCCUAUGGGUUUAAAAUCGUUUGAACUUUAAUUGGGUGAACACAGUACUACAACAUGAAAUCAUUUACUGAAAGUGUAGUAUUAAGAAAUCCUGUGUUGCUGGCAUAUGUCACUCAGUUUGGAUUCAUUAAGUAUUGCUGUGAAAAGAUGAAGCCUGCAACCAGACUUCAUGGUUUGCUGAAUCCCACAGUAAACCUAAUGAAACCUGAUCUGAAAUGCUGUUGCUGAAUACUACAAAUUCUUCAGAGUUGAACAAGUUCUUUAAAAAGGCUAGUUUUCUAUUUUGGCCAUUGAUUUAAAAAUGAACUUCAGUCAGGCUAUUUCUUGGUAGUACUAAAAUGAUACUGAUCUCCCUUUUUCUGCAGUUUGUCUCUGAUUUGAUUUUCAUGGCACUGUCUUUAUUGUGAGCAUUGGUCAGCAGUGACUUACUACUUUGCUUAUUCUCUUUUGUAUCCUCUGCUGCCAGUUGAACUGUGUAAUGCUACGCUAAAACUGAGUUAGUAGGUUUGUAGUUUCACUUGGGAUUUUUCUUUAGUGUAUAAGAAAUCAAACAAAUGAAACAUAGCAAAUUUGGGACACAGGUUCUAUGAGAACAUAAGCACAGAACGGCUGAAAAAUGAGAGGUCUGUCUUGUUGCCUCCUAUGUUUGUCACAAUGCUAAAAGUUUGUAUGACAGUAGAUGUGUUUCUUCUCCUUUUGGCUGUAUUUGCAUCUGUUUCCACUAAUACCUUGUAAAUACUCCUUUCUGCUUUGGGUAGGGAGGGAACCCUCCCCCAACUCUUCAUGUCAGCCUAGAGAAAUUGGUAGUUUAAAGUCAGAGUUUACUAACGCUCUGUAUUCUUAGCUAUGCAAAGCUGCUUGUGUGUAGAAAAUUUUUACUUCCAAAGGAUAUGAAAUCUUAGACCUCAUGUAGUUUUGAACAAUUCAAUCAGUGUCUGUAACUUAAUGGAUGUAACUAACGCUCCUUACAAAUUUUUAUUCCAAGGCGUACAUGCAGUCGUGUUUUCUGUUGCAAACAAAAGGCUGAAUUUCCCUGUUAGUCAGAUGUACCUUGGCUGUGAGAGGCAACAGAACAAGGAAAUAUGACUGCCUUCCGCUGUUCUAAAUCCUUAUCCUGCCAACACACGCUCACAUGCUUAGUCAGAUCUGAAUCGAUUUUUUUGUGAGGCUGGGUAGAGAUGUAAGUGCUGGCAGGACUGGGAUCUCAGGGUGUUAGGGGUUUUUAAUUGCCUUGCAAAUAUAGGGAAAGUCAAUCGGACUAACACAUACUGAAUUGACAUAGGGUACUCCACUCGCAAAAGAAUGUUCUGAGUUACUGAAAUGACAACUCGGAGGUGAACCAAAUGUACUUGCCUUUAUCAUUAAGGUUGUACAACUUCCUUUGCUUUAAGCUAUUUCUGAUGUGUUGGGUUUUUUUAAACAUGAGAUUAAUGUACAAUUCACUGUUCCAAAUAGAUUCACACCAAAAUGUUGUUAAUGUUCUGGCCCUUGCAAGCUUUUUCAGUCAUGUUUGGUUUAAGGUGCUGUUUUGCUUGUGUUCCUGGUAGAACGGGCCUCCUGUAACAGACUUCCGUUAAUAACUUUACAUGAACACUAUGAGGAUAUUGGUAGCAAGCUUUGAUGCAUGGUGCAAAUGUGCAUCUUCUGGGUUUUUUUUUUGUUUCGUUUUUUAACAGUUGAUGUGAAUUUAAAUGCGUGCUAGAAGGAUUUGCUGCUUAAAGCACGAUGAUUUUUCUUGUUUAAAAUGCCAUUGCUAUGCAAUGAACAGAACCAAGGAACUACAUUGUUCAGCUCUGCGUUGCCUUGCACUCAGGUUGAGGGUAUGUUUGUAUUCGUGCACGUGACGCUUCUGCUUCACUGAAAAUGUAACCAGACAGCCUGAAACAGUGGAAACUCCUGAAGGAACCGCUGAGUUAAAUAACAGAAGUCCUUUAUGUCUGAUUCUUUUUCAUAUAUUGGCUUUACAGCAGUAUAUUCAACUUAAAUAGCGAUGGAAUAUAAUAGAUGACUUGCGAUGAUGUAAACUGUGCAUUUCACAACUAACGCUUUACAUGCAUGCGUCAAGCACUUGCAUGCAGAGCUAGAUUGACAGUACUUCUGUCUACAGGUAUUUGCGAGUGCAUCUAUGAUAAAGCUGGAUAUAAAAGAUAGCCAUAUUUUUUUCAUCUUACAGAAUUCAAAAUCUGAUUAUGAUCUAAGUUAAACUUGUAAUUAUUUGGAAAGAAUGAGUAAUAAAAUCUCAUGGGUGAGUCCUUCCCAAAGCAUGUGUGAGUUAAUCUCAGUGAGGCUGAGAAAUGUCCAUAAAAUGUUUUUCUUCUCAUCGCUGGUGAGAUUUUGAUCUAGUGGACAAAUUUAGUUUUCAAAGGGUGUCCAUGUUCAAUUUUUGUUGUUUAAGCCAGUAAACUUGCAAUGAGCAGACAAAAGCAAGCAUUCAUUUUAGACCUAUUUUACAAGUGACAAUCCCAAAGAAGGAAUGUUGUCCUAGUAAUUGUGAAACUUCUGAGUAUAUUAAUGCAUGCAGAGAAAACCUUGUGCCAAAAUACUGUUUCAUAUUUCCCUCUGUUGGAAACUGAAGUGUUACACAAAGCUACUAGUAAGUUAUUCACAAGUAUUGAAACGUUUUGUUCACAAAUGAAGCACUUAUUUAGUCCUGUAAAUUAUACAUAUUUUGGAAUAAAGUUAACUUCAAUCCG